UGGAACCAGAGCUCACAAUGGGACCUGAGCUUCCAAAUUCUGUCAUUGCCACUGACUUGGGGUGAACAACACAGGCACUUUGGGCCGUGGUAUCCUCAUGUACUUUCCUUGCCAAUGAUGACACGCCGUAAAUGGAGCAGUGCAUGUUCAUAAGUGCUCGGCAUGGGAGCUGUCACCCCUGCUGCCAAGUAGAAGCUUCAGUGGUAUUCUUACAGCCGGCUUACUCCACCAGCCCCAGCUGUGCAGGAGACAAAGGUGAACUAUACCCCCGAUGGCUUGGGAGCCUGCUUUUAGAUGUCUUCGUGUUUAUUGUGCCCAGUUAGGAGCCAAGUAGCCAGCAAGAAACGACGGCCACUAUGUGAUGAAGAUGAGAAAGAGAUUUGAUUGGAGAACUUGAGAAGUGAUGCUUCUUUAAACUGGGUGGACACUGAAGGCCUCUCCCAGAUGACAUUUGAGCAGAGAUGUGAAUGACUUGAAGGUGCUAGCCAUGAGAAGAUCUGGGACAUGAAGCUCCACAGGGAAGAACAAAUAGCAGGAACCAUCACUGUUGCUGGAUCCUGACAGAAAUCCAAGCCACUUACUAUAGAACAUCUGUCAUUGCAGCCUUGCCAUCAGAAUAUACCAGGAACUUUCAAGUGUGGCGGAGUCUCAGCUGCAGCCAUGGGGUCUGAGGAUCACGGGGCCCAGAACCCGAGUUGUAAAAUCAUGACAUUUCGCCCAACCAUGGAAGAAUUUAAGGACUUCAACAAAUACGUGGCCUACAUUGAGUCCCAGGGAGCCCACCGGGCAGGCCUGGCCAAGAUCAUCCCUCCAAAGGAGUGGAAGCCACGGCAGACGUACGAUGACAUCGAUGAUGUGGUCAUCCCAGCCCCCAUCCAGCAGGUAGUGACAGGCCAGUCAGGCCUCUUCACGCAGUACAACAUCCAGAAGAAAGCCAUGACGGUUGGGGAGUACCGCCGCCUGGCCAACAGCGAGAAAUACUGCACUCCCCGGCACCAGGACUUCGAUGACCUGGAACGCAAGUACUGGAAGAACCUCACCUUCGUCUCUCCCAUCUACGGAGCUGACAUCAGCGGCUCCUUGUACGAUGACGAUGUGGCACAGUGGAACAUCGGGAACCUUCGGACCAUCCUGGACAUGGUGGAACGCGAGUGUGGCACCAUCAUUGAGGGCGUCAACACCCCCUACCUGUACUUCGGCAUGUGGAAGACCACCUUUGCCUGGCACACGGAGGACAUGGACCUGUACAGCAUCAACUACCUGCACUUUGGGGAGCCCAAGUCAUGGUACGCCAUCCCACCGGAGCAUGGCAAGCGCCUGGAGCGGCUGGCAAUUGGGUUCUUCCCCGGGAGCUCCCAGGGUUGCGACGCCUUCCUGCGGCACAAGAUGACCCUCAUUUCGCCCAUCAUCCUUAAGAAGUACGGGAUCCCGUUCAGCCGGAUCACGCAGGAGGCGGGGGAGUUCAUGAUCACCUUUCCCUAUGGCUACCAUGCUGGCUUCAAUCAUGGAUUCAACUGUGCAGAAUCGACCAAUUUUGCUACCCUGCGGUGGAUUGAUUACGGCAAGGUGGCCACUCAGUGCACAUGCCGGAAGGACAUGGUCAAAAUCUCCAUGGACGUCUUCGUGCGCAUCCUGCAGCCGGAGCGUUAUGAGCUGUGGAAGCAAGGAAAGGACCUCACGGUGCUCGACCACACCAGGCCCACGGCCCUGAGCAGCCCUGAGCUCAACACCUGGAGCACCUCCCGGGCCUCACUCAAGGCCAAGCUCCUCCGAAGACAAAUUAGUCUGAAAGAAAGCAGACACUGGAAAAAGACUGAGGAGGAGAGGAAACCAAAUCUAGAGAGGAAGAAAGAGCAGAGCAAAAAGCCGGGGCUGUCGUCUCACCGGAAACGUAGUCAGCCCAAGAAGCCCAAGCCGGAAGACCCCAAGUUGUCAGGGGAGGGGGUGGCCGGGGCGGCCCUCCCGGAGGAGACCAGCGGUAGUGUGAAGGAGGAGGCCGCACAGGAGGCCGACCUGGAGGACGAGGAGGAGGAUCCCCAGCUGCCACCGCAGGGCCGAGAGACAGAGGGCGCUGAAGAGGACAGGAGGGGCAAGCUGCGGCCAGCCAAGGCCCGGAGCGACCGGAAGAAGAAGAGCCCCGUGCACGCUCACCACCCUCUCCUGCCCCAGCUGCCGCCACCACUGCCUACCCAGUUCCCCACUGAGGAGGUGCCGCCCCCGCCACUGGAGCCCCCAGUGCUGACCCCUGGCCCUGAAGCCACUGAAGAGAGCCCCCCGCCACCGCCCCUCAAUGUCGUGCCCCCCGAGGCACCUGGUGAGGAGCUGGAGCUGAAGCCGCGCCCCAUCAUUCCCAUGUUGUAUGUGGUGCCGUGGGCCAACCCAGCCACGUGUGACAAAGGUCGAGUGUCCUGCCAGCAGGCCUCUGAGCACUUUGCCCAGAAGGGCUCCACCUGGAAGGAGCAGAUGGCCCCCAUGGAGCUGACGGGGCCUGAGGAGGAGAGCGGAGCCGGUGAAGUGCAGGCGCCAUCAACAUUUUCUAAGUUGAAGAUGGAGAUCAAGAAGAGCCGGCGCCACCCUUUGGGCAAACCACCCACCCGGUCCCCUCUGUCAGUGGUCAAGCAGGAGGCAUCCAGUGAUGAGGAAGCCUUCCCUUUCUCCGGGGAGGAGGACAUGAGUGACCCCGAGGCCUUGAGGUCCCUGCUGUCCCUGCAAUGGAAGAACAAAGCGGCCAGCUUCCAAGCCGAGAGGAAGUUCAACGCGGUGGCUGCCCUGACCGAGCCCUACUGCGCCAUCUGCACCCUCUUCUACCCGUACAGCCAGUCUCUACAGAUGGAGAAGGAGGUCCCACAGGCCUCCCUCGGGGAGGGCCCCUCCGUACCACCUUCCAAAUGCGGCCAGAAGACACGGCCACUGAUCCCCGAAAUGUGCUUCACCUCCAGCGCUGAGAACACAGAGCCACUCCCAGCCAACUCCUACAUCGGUGACGAUGGGACCAGCCUGCUGAUCGCCUGCGCCAAGUGCUGCCUGCAGGUCCAUGCCAGUUGCUACGGCAUCCGCCCAGAGCUGGUCAAUGAAGGCUGGACAUGUUCCCGGUGCACGGCCCACGCCUGGACUGCGGAGUGCUGCCUGUGCAACCUCCGCGGAGGAGCUUUGCAGAUGACAACCGACAGGAGGUGGAUCCACGUGAUCUGUGCUAUCGCAGUCCCCGAAGUACGGUUCCUGAACGUGAUGGAGCGCCACCCUGUGGACAUCAGCGCCAUUCCUGAGCAGCGAUGGAAGCUGAAAUGCGUAUACUGCCGAAAGCGGAUGAAGAAGGUGUCGGGGGCCUGUAUCCAGUGCUCCUACGAGCACUGCUCCACCUCCUUCCACGUGACCUGUGCCCACGCCGCCGGGGUCCUCAUGGAGCCGGAUGACUGGCCCUACGUUGUCUCCAUCACCUGCUUCAAGCACAAGUCGGGGGGCCACGCUGUCCAGUUCCUGAGGGCUGUGUCCUUAGGCCAGGUGGUCAUCACCAAGAACCGCAAUGGGCUUUACUACCGGUGCCGUGUCAUCGGCACCACCACGCAGACUUUCUAUGAAGUGAACUUUGAUGACGGGUCCUACAGUGACAACCUGUACCCAGAGAGCAUCACCAGUAGAGACUGCGUCCGGCUGGGACCCCCGCCUGAGGGGGAGUUUGUUGAGCUCCGGUGGACUGAUGGCAACAUCUACAAGGCCAAGUUCAUUUCCUCUGUGACCAGUCACAUCUAUCAGGUGGAGUUUGAGGACGGGUCCCAGCUGACAGUGAAGCGUGGUGACAUCUUCACCCUGGAUGAGGAGCUGCCCAAGAGGGUCCGGUCACGGCUGUCUGUGAGCACCGGGGCACCGCAGGACAGCGUCUUCUCAGGAGAGGAGGUGAAGGCCGCCAAGCGCCCGCGGGUGGGCACCCCACGCGCCGCCGAGGACUCGGGGCGGAACCCAGACUACCUGGCCUUCAUGGAGAGCCUCCUGCAGGCGCAGUGCCAGCCCAGAGCCCCGUUCUAAGACAGCCAGCCAGCCGCCCAGCCACCCCUCGGCCCAGCAAAGCAGGCGGCAGCGGGCCCUGGCAUUUGCUCGCUGUGAAUUCCUGUCCUCGCCUCCCCGCCCCGAGAGGCUACCUCCAUGCCCUGCGUGGACAGGAGCAAGCAGGACGCUGACAGCGGCCCCAGACUCAGGGAGUGGGGCCACGCCGGCUCUGGGGGGCCGGUUGGGGCUCACGCCACCCCCACUACUCAGAUUCGUAAACCACGUAAGCUCUUCUUCUCGAAAAGGUGCUACUGCGUUGCCUGCCUCCUGAGCAGCCUUUGAGAUUGUGACUUCUGUACAUAAAUCACCUUUGUGAGGUUCUUUCUAUAAAUACCUAUUGUUUAAAAAAACGCAAGGAAAAAAGGAAAACAAAGAAGAGGAAAAAAAUCCCUAAAGUUGUUUUCUAGAUUUGUGGCUUUAAAAACAAAACAAAACAAAAUGUUCUUUUUAUCAGAACCAAGAUGUGCUGAGGGAGACAAAAGCAUCUCAUUUUUUGUUGUUGUUGUUGUUGUUGUUUUAAAACCUUACUCAUUUGUGAGCAGGCAGGGAAGUGCGGUGAGUCCUAAGCGGGGAGGGGGCGGGCAGGACACCCAGCGACAGGCGAUGUGCCCUGUCCCUCUGCUCUCUUCCCAACGUCAUGAAAGUCUGAGCAGCUGGCAUCACCUGCUCCCCCCGAGGGCCCACAGGCCAGUCCCCUCUGUGCUGGGCAGGAGGAGGCUGCAGUACCUCUUGGUGGCCGCCUGCUGGCCACAGGCAUCCCUCCUGUCUGCGAUUGCCUUUGCAAAAUAAACAAUCUCUUCUGGUUUGUUCCAUCUUUUGCUUCUUCCCCCAUGAGACCCAUUCCACAGCUGAGGCCUAUGGUCUGUGCGAGGGCUCGGUGCAGGCUGAGUGUCCCUGACGCUGCCCAGGCCACCAUUAGUCUGCUCAGGGUGGGUGACCUCCUGCAGCCGGAACAGGUGGGUGCCUGGCUUCCUGGGAGGGAGGACAUGGAGCUGAGCCAGGCCUUCCAGGUGCCCCAAGACCCGCUGUUCCCCUGCUUAAUGAGGCCUAUGUCCCCAGGCUCCCAGGUGCCUCUGCUUUGGCUGCGGCCCUCUGUGUCUGGGGGAAUGGGGAGGGCUCCCUGGGACCCUGAGGGGCUGGCAGCG